AGGUUCGGGCUAGCUAAAUGUUUUAUGGUGUGGGCAGACAAGUGUUGCUCGUUUAUUGGAUGCGCUAGGAUGAAUGAAAGAUCCGAUUGGUGACGUUCAGGAGACUAGAAAUACAAAUUUAUAACCAGGUGUACGACAGAAACAAAACAAAAUAUUUCACACAAUGGAGCUUUAUUUCCAUAUUUCUGUAAUACUUCUUUCAGCAGUUUACUUGGCAGACGGGCAGUCUAACGUACCAAACGAUCCACUAUGGCCAGUGUUUUCACAGACCCUGGCACAACAGAUGCAGAGAACAGUUCAAGAUAUAAACACAUUAGGUCUCAGCGACCCCUCCAUCAAUUACUUGUGGAACGCUUACAAGGCCCAAAUGCCCGCCCCCACCCCCACCCCCACCACGACACCCCCACCCCUGCCCGACCUGUACCAGUCCUCGUACAUGUUCAGCAGCAACACCCUCGCCCAGCCCGCCCCCGCCGCACCCGCCGCCCCCAGCAAUGACGUGUACGCCACCCUCCUCAACAUGAUUCAGCAACCAACGUCAGGGACGUCAGGGACGUCAGCCGGGACGUCCACCGGAAGUACCAGCACGUCUUUACAGGACGUGUACAGGGCCUACUCGCAGAUGCCAGCCGCCACCAAUUCACAGACAGACCCCUACGCCAUGUUGCGACAAUACUCAGGCGCCAUGGGCAGUCCGACUACCGGAACAGCCGACGUGACGUCACUCCUGCAGCAGUACGCCAGUAUAAUGCAGGCCGCGCAGACCGGAAGUAACCCCGCGCCAGCAGCCCCCGCCACCAGCACCCUCCUCCAGCAGGCUGCGCCCAGCGCCCCUAACACAGGCACCGCCCCCAACUACGCCCAGCUGUACCAACAAUACCUGGCCAUCAUGGGCAUGAACACCACCCUGGCGCCCACGUCUGCCAGCGCCCCAGCAGACGCCGGCGUCGCCCCGACUAAAGCAGGUCCCACGCAGACGGAGCAGCUGAUCCAGAUGUUCAACAUGAUGAGUGCAGCCUCCGCCCCGCAGACGACGCCAACCCCGCCCACCGUCAGCGCCUACGAGCAACAGCUGGCCACGUUUUUCCCACAGUUCAAAAACCUGUUCCCCUCUCAGGGCGCCAACUCCCCCUCUACCAACGGGACGGGCAACUCCAGUGCCGACGCCACUCAGAUUGUGUUUGACGCCCUCCUCUUUGGCCCGACUUACACGACGUCCGCCCCGCCCACGGCCGCCCAGACAACGCCCAACCCAAAUAUUCCAGCUGUCUUGAACCCGCUACAGAACAUGAUCAACCCCCCAGCUGAAUCUGGAGCCCACUUACUCUCAAACCACGUGGAGAACGUUUUUAAAACCAAGGCAUCCCGCGAGCUCGGGUGCCGCUUCCUGCCAGAACUCCUGGAGCUGGACCUGCUGCCCACCGCACCCAUCGACUGUCUAGGCAAGUGCCCGUUCCCCUACAUCAACUCGCAGAAGUUCGGCGUCUACUGUUUAUGCUGUCCUCCAGGAGUGAACGAACACACAGCCGGCAUGAUGUCUAUCGUGAGACGGGCGAGUUACAUGGAGACGCCACUAGCUGUCAUCUCAUAACCACGUGCUCAAAUGACAUUUUUGUUUUUGUUUACAUUCGUUGUCAUGGUAACGUCAUUGGCCACCAGGCUCAAUCAAAGGGAGGAUUCCGAACUUAGGUCAAAGUGUCACGAAAAAUGUAUUUCGUUUUAUUGAAAGCGCGCUAACCUUGAGUAGCUUCGUUCCUUUAUUUUUAUGCUGAUUCUGAAUUUUUAAAAUUGCUUACACGAAACUUUACAAAUUAAAAAAAAAUAAUUAUAUAAUUGAAAUAAUUUUAAACUAUGUUAAAUUUUGAACAACGACAACAGAACCCGUUGUCAUGGUAAACAUAGGUAUCGUCCUAGAUACUUUAAAAUGUUACCUGAUUUGCGAUAUAUUGCGAAAAUAUGGGGGAAGGAGAGAGUAGGGGGGGGGGUAGUUUAAAAAAAGAGACGACACACAUUAGUAGUUUAAAAAGUCACUUUAAAACUCAAGUAUAAAUGUUAUUCGCAUUUUAAAAUACUUUUUGCUAAUUGUAAUAAAAAAGGAUUGAUGUACCUAACGUGACCAGAUAUUAUGAGAUUUGGAGGGGGGGGGGGGGUAAAUGUGUGACAACAUUUAUGGAAGAACCCAAGGCUGAAUAUUCAAAAUUCCUGGUUGCCAAUACUUGUAUGCUGAGCUUGAUAUUAAUCAAAUUAAUGUGCGCAUUUUUUUCUUUCCUUAAAAUAGAUCUACCUUCCUUUAAUGGCAAAUUUCUAAACCCCCAAGAGUAAUCUCCCAUGUUUAGUUUUGACUGAUUUAUAUCCCCUGUCACGGAAGCAUCAAGUGACAAAAAGUGUGGAAACUGAUCUAUUUGGCGUUCUAAAAUUCAUCACUUCAACAAGCAAUGUCUGUCCUUCAUACACCAUAUUUCUUGUUAGAAAGUUACUGUUUUUUAUAGAAGUGAUAUAUAUGACUUGAUAUAUAUGACUUCUCACUUUUAGAAUAAAAUUACAAGCUUGCCUGGGGCACAGACCUAGGCAAGUGGGAUAUAAAAUCA